AUGGUUGCCGCUACUUUUGUAAGCAACUUGCCAGCACCUGAACCCGCGGCUUCGAUGGCGCAAGAAAGAGCUAGGGCGGCCUUUGAUCCAGCAGAAAUGCACCAGAUCUUAGAAGGCACUCCAGAAAAAGCCCAGCAGAUUUUGGGCCUCUACCAGCUGUUGGAAAGAGACCCCGUGCUAGCACCGUCCUUUUACGACUACGAGAUGUCCCGCGACGAAAACCGCUUGCAAACCACACGGCGCAUAGCCAGAAUGGCUCAGUAUGUGGAGAAAGAGUCUCCGGAGGAUUUCUGGCGGCGUUUGGGACUUGUGACCGCCUAUGAUCCAUCGUUGGGGAUCCGUAUUGCUGUGAACUUGGGGCUCUUUGUCAAUUGCAUCAAAGGCAACGGAACUGCGGCCCAAUACAAGUAUUGGUGUGUGGAAAAAGAGGCUCGCCAUAUGAAGCAAGUGUGGGGCUGUUUUGGCAUGACCGAGUUGGCCCAUGGAUCCAAUGCUGCUGGGGUUGAAACCACUGCUACUUUUGACGAGAAAACCGAUGAGUUUGUGAUAAACACGCCUCAUAUUGGAGCCACGAAGUGGUGGAUUGGAGGAGCGGCUCAUUCGGCCACUCAUUCUAGUGUCUAUGCCCGGUUGAUAGUCAACGGAAAAGACUACGGAGUGAAGACGUUUGUGGUGCCUUUGAGAGACUCUCAACACAACUUGAUGCCGGGGGUCUCCAUCGGCGAUAUUGGAUCGAAAAUGGGCCGUGAGGGAGUCGACAAUGGCUGGAUCCAGUUCUCUGGGGUUCGAAUUCCUCGCUUCUUCAUGUUACAGAAGUUUUGCCGUGUCGAGAGAGAUGGCACUGUCAAGAUGCCUCCGCUCGAGCAAUUGAGCUACAUUUCUCUUUUGGAAGGCAGAGUUGGGAUGGCCGCAGACUCUUACCGUAUCUGCGCCAGAUUUAUUACCAUAGCUGUAAGAUAUGCAGUUGGCCGUCGCCAGUUCAAGAAGGAAGAGAAGAAAAAAGAUUCAGACAAUCUCGAAACACAAUUGCUUGAUUAUCCAUUGCACCAGCGGCGGUUGAUGCCUUAUUUGGCUUUGACGUACGCUGCAGCUCUUGGAACUGAUCGUUUAGAACGGCAACACAAAUUUGUGGUCUCCUCUUUGGAAGAGGCGGUGAACAAUGACGACCAGAAUGGAAUAAAAAGGUCUUUGGGUGACACUAAAGCGCUUUUUGUGGACUCUGCUGCGUUAAAGUCAACUCUCACAUGGCUCGCUGAACGCUGUCUUUCGGAAACCAGACAGGCAUGUGGCGGUCUGGGAUAUUCUGCCUACUCUGGAUUUGGACAAGCUUAUGCCGACUGGGCUGUUCAGUGUACAUGGGAAGGCGAUAAUUCUGUAUUGGGAAUGUCUGCUGGCCGUUCGGUGAUGAAAAAAGUAGCUGACGUUUUGACAAAGAAAUCAGGUAUUUCUCACAACAAGGUGUCUGGCCAAGGCAAGACUUUAUCCAUUGAAAACGGCAAUGUUUCCAAACAUCAACUUGGAGUGUCAAAAACCAAUCUGCGUGCUGUGUCUUCUCUGAGUCCUGGUCUUUUCAACUCGGAUACAUUGUCGUUUCUUGACAACGCUUCUUCAUACUUGACUGGAUCAUACCUCGAGUCGGACUUUGCGCCUAAAACGGUGCUUACUGCACUUGAAGCAUUAAUUGUUCGUGUUGCCGCUUCAGCUCUUGAAAGCAAAGAUGGCUGGGACCUGGUGUCCUACGAAAGAGUGCUUCUUUCUCGUUUGCGUUGCCAUCAAUAUUUGUUGCACACAUUGGUUCAAGUUUUAGAUCGCAAGAAAACGCCUGAUCUUCAAGAACCUCUUGAGAAAGUUGCUCGCUUGUAUGCUCUUACAAGUAUCGUGGAAACUUAUGCUCGUGAGUUUAUUGCUCAUGGAAUUAUGAGUGGAGAAGCUAGUUUGAUUGUCACAUCAAAGUUGAUUCCCCAACUGUGUUUGGAAGUUCGCCAGCAAGCAAUUCCUCUCACGGACUCUUUCCAGAUUCCAGACACCCUUUUGAAUUCGGCUAUUGGUACGCAUGAUGGCAAUUGGUACGAGAAUUACUUCCGGGUGGUGAAGUCGCAUAACGAUGCAAGAAAGACCAAGGCUCCAUAUUCACACGAGUUGGAGGGGUUCUUGAACCGUCCAAAUUUGGAUGCCCGUGAAAGACACGAAAGAGGGCACGAGGCACAAAAGAAGCUUUCGGGGUGA